UUCCUUUUUUCGGUUGCAUAAACACAAAACAAGCCAGCCUUUUCCCCUCAUUAAUAGUUUAACGAUGUGGCUUUCUUUUUUCACCAAUAGUGUAGCGCACCGUUUCUCACCAAUUCACACGUCAAUAACGCGUUCUCCUUAUCUCAUCCUGUGGCUGGUCCACAUGCCCAGUUAGCACGACGUACCGCGUUCCUGGGGCAAGCGAGGACUAGCUGGGGAAUCUCGACCUGGAGAGGUGGCUUGGCGUGUCUGGCCACCUCCUGUACCAGAGGUUAUCUUCAGAUACCAAUGAAAAUGAAGUGAAGUCAAGUGAAGAGCCGCUCCUAAGAAAGAGUUCUCGCCGGUUUGUCAUCUUUCCAAUCCAGUACCCUGAUAUUUGGAAAAUGUAUAAACAGGCACAGGCAUCCUUCUGGACAGCAGAAGAGGUUGACUUAUCAAAGGAUCUCCCUCAUUGGAACAAGCUUACAUCAGAUGAGAAGUAUUUUAUCUCCCACAUCUUAGCCUUUUUUGCAGCCAGUGAUGGAAUUGUAAAUGAAAACUUGGUGGAGCGCUUUAGUCAGGAGGUACAGGUUCCAGAGGCCCGCUGUUUCUAUGGCUUUCAAAUUCUCAUCGAGAACGUUCACUCAGAGAUGUACAGUUUGCUAAUAGACACUUACAUCAGAGAUCCCAAGAAAAGGGAAUUUUUAUUUAAUGCAAUUGAAACAAUGCCGUAUGUUAAGAAAAAAGCAGAUUGGGCUUUGAGAUGGAUAGCAGAUAGAAAAUCUACUUUUGGGGAAAGGGUGGUAGCCUUUGCUGCUGUAGAAGGAAUUUUCUUCUCCGGAUCUUUUGCCGCUAUAUUCUGGCUAAAGAAGAGAGGUCUUAUGCCUGGACUCACUUUUUCCAAUGAACUCAUCAGCAGAGAUGAAGGACUCCAUUGUGACUUUGCUUGCCUGAUGUUUCAGUACUUAGUAAAUAGGCCUUCAGAAGAAAGGGUCAGGGAGAUCAUUGUUAAUGCUGUUGAAAUUGAGCAGGAGUUUUUAACAGAAGCCUUGCCAGUUGGCCUCAUUGGAAUGAAUAGUGUUUUGAUGAAACAAUAUAUUGAGUUUGUAGCAGACAGAUUACUUGUGGAACUCGGAUUCUCAAAGGUUUUCCAGGCAGAAAAUCCCUUUGAUUUUAUGGAAAACAUUUCUUUAGAAGGGAAAACAAAUUUCUUUGAAAAACGAGUUUCAGAGUAUCAGCGUUUUGCGGUUAUGGCAGAAACCACAGAUAACGUCUUCACCUUGGAUGCAGAUUUUUAAAACACUGCCUUAUCUAAACCUGUCAUUUGUAUAUUUUUUUUUCUACCUAACCUAUCUCCUUUAAAGGAAUAGGGGUUUGGUCAAAAGGAAAUCCAAAACCAAAUUUCAAUCAAGUUGGAUUUAUAUAAAUACACUCUAAUUUUUCUGUUUAACAACCAGUAUAUAACCUAAAUGCUUUUGUUUUAUCACUAAAAUAUAAGAGGGCAUUGUGUAGUGGUUAAGAGCAUGGGGUGAGGGUCAGAUGUGAGUUUGAGGUUCUGCACUUACUGCUUUGUAAGACCCAUGGCAAAUACGUUAAUCUCUCAAAACCUCUGUGUACUUAUCUUUAAAAUGGGUAUAAUAAUAGGUCCUAUUUCAUAGAGUGGAUAUGAGGAUUAAGGUGUAAAAUAAAUGCAUAGCCUGUUAUUACUGUUACUACCACUUCUACUACUAAUUAUUAUUAUUUUAUUGUUAUAAAUAGUGUUAAUUGCAGUGGUGGUACAAUAAAAUGUUCCUACCUCCUUAAAGUAAUUGUGAUAUCUAGAAUUAGAUCUUUGUGUUUUUAAUGUUUUGGGGAAGAACACAGGGAUUUCCUUAGGAAGAUGAUAAUUCUCAUUUACAUGAGAAUAACUUUUUUGAAUUCCUCAGUAUGUAAUAAAGGGAAUUUAGUUCUCAGUUGCUUUGGGAACAACGCUUAUGGAGUAGAAUCCAGGAGGUUAUCAUGGUAGUUGACCUGGCAAGCAGAAUGAUUCUGCUCCCUUGGAAACUAAAAACGUAACUGUCAUAGAUUGAAUGUGUCCCCCCAAAAUAUGUGUCAACUUGGCUAGGCCAUGAUUCCCAGUAUUGUGUGGUUGACCUCCAUUUUGUGAUCUGAUGAAAUUAAGUUCUGUAAAUCCUACCCUCUAUAUGUUAAUAAGGCAGGCUUAGUAUAGGGGUAUAUCUUGAAUCACAGCCUUACAAGAGGGUGUGACUUCAGUCAUACCCUUAAGUCACAUUCUUGCUGGAGUCACACUUUUUAUCUUACAAGAGAUAAAAGGAGAGAGAAGCAAGUAGAGAGGGAGGAGAGGGUCCCCACUACCACCAAGAAAGAAGAGCUGGAAGCAGAGCACGUCCUUUGGACUUGGGAUCCCUGUGAUGAGAAACUCCUAGACCCAGGAGAAGACUGAUGCCAAGACAUGUGGAGAUCUCCAAGGAACACUGGUCCCACAGAUGUUGAAAAGAGACAAAGACCUUUCCCCAGAGCCGACAGAGAGAAAAAUCCUUCCCUUAGACCUGGCACCCUGGAUUCGGACUUUUAGCCUCCUAAACUGUGAAAGAAUAAAUUUGUUUGUUAAAACCAUCCACUUGUGGUAUUUCUGUUAUAGCAGCACUAGAUAACUAAGACAGAAUUUGGUACUGAAAUAGUGGGGUGCUGCUCUAACAGAUAGCUAAAAUAUGGAAGUGGUUUUGGAAUUGGGUAGUGGGUGGAGGAUGGAAGAGUUUUAAGGUGCCUAACAGUAAAAGCCUAGACUUCCUUGAAGGGACUGCUGGUAGAAUCAUGGACAUCAAAGGCAAUUCUGGUGAGGGCUCAGAAGGAGUGAGAAGAGCCAUAAAGAAAGUCUCUGUUGUCUUAGGGAAUACAUAUGGCACCAGCAACAGAAUGUUGCUAGAAAUGUGGAUGCUGUACGUGCAUCUUGUGAGGCUUUAAAAGAAAAUCAUGAACAUGUUAUUGGACCAUGGAAGAAGGGUGAUGCUUUUUACGCCCUGGCAAAGAACGUGUCUGAAUUAUGUUCAGGUGUUUGGUGGAGGGUAAAACUUGUAAGUGACAAACUUGGAUUUUUAGCUGAGGAGAUUUCUAAGCAAGACAUUAAAGGGGCUGCGUGAUUUCUCCUUGUUGCUUAUAAUAAAAUGCAAGAAAGAGAUAGACUUAAAAAAUGAACUGUGCAAGAUGAACAAAACUUAAAACAGAUUUGGAAAAUUCUGUUGUACAAACUAAGGACACGUGUCUUAGAAUGUUCACCAAGGAUGUGGCUAUACAACCUUUUAUUAAAGAUACUAAGCCUGUGACUGAUGGAUCUAACCAGCUACUACAGCAGAAAACCCAUCAGCUUAGACUGAAGGGGACAGAGAAAGAAUGAAAGGAGAGAACACCGUCUGCCUCUUGGAAUUCUAACAGGCGGGAAACAGGCCAAAGGAGUUACAUCUCUUGUUGUCCAAGAAAAGAAAAGGAACAUCCCUGUAGCAACCCAGAGAUCAGCAAAACUGUUGGAAGGAUCACGGGAAGCAGGUCCUUUAUGGCUUCAAAGGGUGGGGCCGAGGUCUCCUGGAUCUUAAAGGGUGGGGCCCAGCUUCCUGAGUUUCAAAGAGAUCUUUGCCAACUCGGUUACAGAGUGUAGGGCUGCCGUUAAGGUGUGCCAGGGGAAUGGGGCCACCGUCCAAAGCUGAGGGGGUGGGACUGCCAUACCCAAGUGGCAGAAGAACGGGGCCUGCCAAGAUCGAGAGUGGGAGGUUGCCACUCAGAUGAACUAGAACAGUGGGGCCACCCAAAGCCGAGGAAGCAGAAUUACCAUCACAGUAUGCCUGGAAGGCAGAGCUGAAACCGAGGGCUGAAUACAUAAACUAUUUUCACCCUGCAUUUUCCAAACUUAUUUAACACCGGUCUGUUUUCACCUGUUGACAUCUCAGGACACAAUUUGGAAAAAGCUGGCCUGUGGCCUAGAACCAUUUACAGGAGCUCUGGUGGUACAGUGAUUAAAGCACUUGGCUGCUAACUGAAAGGUUGGCAGUUCAACCCACCAGCUGUGCUGAAGGAGAAAAAUGUGGCAGUCUGCUUCUCUAAAGAUUUACAGCCUUAGAAACCCUAUGGGAGUAGCUCUACUCUGUCGUAUAGGGUCAAUAUGAGUUGAAAUUGACUCAAUGGCAAUGAGGUUUUUGGGUUUUUUUUCCCCCUGUAGAACCAUUUUUUUAAAUGGGUUUUUUAGAACCAUUUACAUGUAGAGGAACGGUUUGUGGUCUAAGAAAGGAAGAAGCUGAUAGGGAUUAUUGAACCAUUUCAAAUUUGUUUCAAGCUAGGUUGCGUAGUGGUUAAGUGCUACAGUUACUAACCAAAGGGUCGGCAGUUUGAAUCUGCCAGGCACUCCUUGGAAACUCUACGGGGCAGUUCUACUCUGUCCUAUAGGGUUGCUGUGAAUCAGAAUCGACUCAACGGCACUGGGUGUUACUCGGUAGUAACUUACCUGUGAUUGACUUCAGUGGCUUCUUUGUAUGCUUAAAACUCUUUUAUACUGUUACAACAUACAGUUCUUUUAAUGAAACUAGGUGUGCUACAGUAGCGUAUGGUGAGGAAGAUGGAAGUGUUUCCAUAGGAGAAUGAGGAAAGGCCAGGAACCAAGAUCUUGAGAAGUCUGCCCCCCUUUAUCUUUAGGAAGUGUCAAGAGGUAGUUUGAGCCCCCUCAAUCAGUGUAGCUUCCCACUCAGUGCAAAUGGUAUAAAAAUUCUGGAAGCUAAAAUUUAGAGAUUUUCUUUUUGUAUAAAGUUUUGCUCCAGUUCAUAUCUGUCUCUAAUUGAUUAAAAUUGGAGGAGUUCUCAAGUGAAUGGAAAAGGAACAGGCUGUAACUUUGUUAGAAUAUAAACUUGAGGUAUUUUGGUCUAUGAUAAUACCAUUUAUUUGUACAGUGCUUUGAAGUUCGCCAAGUAUUUUUACAUCAUCUCAUUUGAUCCACACAACAGCCUUAUGAUUUUUAGAGAGCAUCUGUUAUUUACAGAUGAAAAUACCUUGCAGGAGGUAAACACAGAAGAUGUGCAUUAUUUGCGUAAAAAUACCAUAUUCAGGUGAAGAUGUCUUCACAGUGAAAUACUGGAUUUUUAAUACACUGACUUACUACAUUUGAUAUUCUAUACUCUUUUUCAAGUCUCCAAGUUGCUUAUGUUUAUUUAUUAUGUUCAGUGUUAUCAACAGGUUGUAGAAUCUGUUUUUAAUCCUCUUGCAGGUUAAGAAAAAAAUUGAGAGUAUGUUUAUAUCUGUGUUUUUCUUUUUACAGCACACAUAUUUAAAUCAUUGUUAUGGUAGUUAAAGUUAAGUUCAUUAUUUGGGGAUAGAAGUGUAGUUCUAUGAUGUGUUUAUUUAAAAUGUUUCAUUGUAGACAUAAAGUCAUGGCCUGGAGGAACUUGGGAAGGCAAUUUGGUCUAGGGCUUUCAGACAGGACUGGGUUUUGCUGUUCAGAUAUAUAUAAUAAUUACAGUUAUUCUUAAAAUAUAAGCUUACCCCAAUUAUGUCUUGAUACAUGAAAUUAUUAUAGAAGUUUCAUUUUGGAACAUGCAAAUGUUUCUACUGCUUCUGACAUUUUAUUUUUCGUUUGUUCAUGAAAAAAUGAUUAUUGAGAAAAAUGUAUCAAUUUCAUAUUUAAAGAAAAUUAUUUAACUGGAAUUUUAUAUCUUGCACUUAAAUAUGCUAGCUAGCAUUGCUGUCAUGCAAUUCCAAAAUUUCAGUUGUAUAUAUUAAAAUAAGGGUUAAAUGUCAUUAACUGAUUUUUUUGUGUGAAAGUAUAUAUAACACAACUUUUGCCAAUUAACAUUUUUCACAUGUACAAUUUAAUGACAUCAAUAUACUAAUCAUGUUGUGCAACCAUCACCAAUGUGCAUUGCCAAAUUUCCAUCACCAUAAACAAAAACUCAAUGCUUCCUAAACAAUGAAUCCUUUCCCCCUCCCUUGUGCCCCUGGAAACCACUCAUUAACUUUGAUGUCUAUACAUUUGCCUGUUCUAGCUAUUUCAUAUGAGUGAAAUCAUACAUUUGCCCUUUCGUGAUUGACUUACUUCACUCAGCAUGUUGUAACAUGUAUCAGGACUUCACUCCUCUUGUGGCUGAAUAAUAUUCCGUUGUAUGUAUAUACUACAUUUUCAAAACCAUUCAUCUGUUCAUGAACAUUUAGGUUAUUUCCACCUUUUGGUAAUUGUGAAUAGUAUUACAAUGAACGUUGCUGUGCACAUGCCUGUUUGUGUGGCUCCUUUCAAGGAGUAGAAUUACUGGGUCAUAUUAUGGUAGUUCUAGGAGCCUUGGUGGUACAGCGGUUAAGAGCUUAGCUGCUAACCAUAAAGGUUGGCAGUUCAAAUCCACUAGCCUGUCCUUGGAAACCCUGUGGGGCAGUUCUGUUCUGUCCUAUGGUGUAACUGUGAGUUGGAAUCGACUUGACGGCAGGGUUUGUUUUUUUUACUAGUUCUGUGCUUAACUUUUUGAAGAACUGCCAAACUGUUUUCCAGAACACUAAUGGGUAAGUGUUCUAAUUUCUCUACAUUGUUGUUAACACUUGUUAUUUUAUCAUAGUGGGGGUGAAGUGGUAUAUCAUUGUGGUUUUGAUUUGCAUCUUCCUAAUGCUGAUGAUGGUGAGCAUCUUUUCAUGUGCCUGUUAGCUGUUUGUAUUUCUUCUCUGGCAAAAUGUCUGUUCAGAUCCUUUGCCCUUUAUUUGAUUAGGUUGUUUGUCUUUUUGUUGUUAAGUGUAGGAGUUCUUUGUAUAUUUUAGAUAUUAAACCCUUAUCCAAUAUAUGGUUCCCUAAAAUUUUCUCCCAAUCUGUAGGUUGCCUCUUCAAUUUGUUGUUAAAGUCCUUUGUUAAACAAAAGCUUCUGAUGUUGUCGAAGUCCAGUUUAUCUACUUUGUCUUGUGCUUUUGGUGUCGUAUAUAAGAAUCCGUAGUUAAAAACUAGGUCCCAAAGUGAUACCCCUGUAUUUUCUUUUAGGAGUUUUAUGGUUUUUUGUUCUUACAUUUAGCUUUUUGUUCUGUAUUGAGUUAAUUUUCAUCCACUAACUGAUUUUUAAUGAUAAAGAAGACUUCUGAUGGGCUUUGUGAAAGCCAAAUUAUCACUGUGUGCAGUGUUUUUGAACUAAGUUGAGUGAAUUGGUAACUGACUCAGGAAACCGCCCACAGCAGAAGCUGAAUGAGUGGAACGGAAGUGAAACCUGUAUGUCUUCCUUUUUCCCACUCUUUAAAUGGUCUCCUUCUCUUUAGACAGCUUCAUGUUAGAAGGAGAUUCUGAUAUUUCUGAGGUUUUAGGAAGGAAAGGAUUUGAUCCUCCAAAUUCUUGGCUUAAUUCUGAUAAAGAAAAUAUACGUGGAAAUGGAAGAGAGAUGAAUGAUUUUUUUCCUACAGAUAAAAAUAUAACAAUUCAAAGACUUUCUGAUUAAGCCUAUAAUAUUCUUAUGCAUUUGACUAUGUUUAACAAGUAUGUUUUGAUUUUUCCAAAUGUCUAAUUAUUUAGCCAAGUUAUUUAGUAUCUAGUGUGUACAUAGAAAGCUUUACCAGGUGUAGUGUACCUUAACAUUUUUUGCUAAAAUAUGCGUGGUCAAUCAAGCCAACCUUGCAUAUAUAGAAUUCAGGGUUUUCUUUCUCCAAAGAAAGAGAUCCUUUUUUGUUUUUGUUUAAUAUGUUGAAAUAAACUGUAUCAUAACUACAUCAUGUUGUAUAUGUUCUUUUUGAGUAAGUGCAGGGGCUGCCCUAAUCAACCCAUUGCCAUCGAGUCAGUUCUGACACAUAGUGACCCCAAAGGGUUUCCAAGAGUAUAAAUCUUUAUGGAAGCAGACUACCACAUCUUUCCCCCACAGAGCCGCUGCUAUUAUCCAUUUGUAUGUACAGAUAAAUACGUACUCGUGAUGUUUCUUUGUGGAUUGUAAACACGUGAGGGACAUUCUCAUAGUCAGUAGGAAAAAAUUAAUAUAGAAGCCCCAAAUCUAGAACCUAAGAACUUGGCAGUAGAAUUCAUGACACAAAGGUCAUUUCUGCUCUGUGGAGUUAUUACUAUCAGAGUAUUUGAGGAGAAUAUCUGUUUGUCCUUCCUUCAUUUACUUGCCAUUUACUUCUGGUAACUGCUGCUCCCAUUCCAAUUAUAUGUUUUUCAUGAGGCUGCCAAUACUAGUAACUUCAUCUAUCUGGGCACAGAGAGGCAUGUAAUCCAGGCUGGGCCAGAGUCCUUGCCAAGGGUUUUUCUCAUUGAAACUAAAGGAAGAGGAACCUUUUAUUCUAAUGACAAAGUGAGAGAAAAAGACCUAGUUCUAAACUCUCCUGAGGCCCAAAUGUAUCCCUACUUGUGCCAGUUAAUUAUCAGGGUAAUAAGUGCCCACUUUUUGCUUAAGAUAGUUCAGGUCAGGUCCCUUGAUUUGCAACCAAAAGAAUCCUAAUUAAAACAGAAAUUCGUUCCUAGAAGCAAAAAGAUAAAGUGACCGAAAACUAUCAGGGCAUUCGUGUGUGUAUCAGUCAGGGGCCCAACUCAAUUAGUAUAAUUCAAUGGAGGGUUUGAUAAAGGGAGUAUUUACAAAGUAUUUCAAGUUAUAGUCCCUAAAAUAUGUAAUUCGUUUAUUCCUUGAUUUAACAAAUUUUAUUUGAGUGGCAACUAUGUCCAGACAUUAUACUACAUGAGCAAAAUGAUUGUCCCUGCUUUGGUCUGAUGGGAUAUAAUCAAAGAAUCACACACAUGAGUAUAUAAUUAUAAACUAUAUGAGGUGUUAAAACACCUGGUUUUUUGAGAGUUAACACAGAGGCUCCUAACAUUGUCUAGAGUCAUGUUUAUCAACCCCAUCAGAGCUGGAUUAGUAACUAUCCACUCAGGAAAACAAACUUCUCUAGAUAAGGGAUUUUAAUAAAAGGAACUAUGAACAUAGGUGGUAGAGAAGAAGAGACACCAAAGAGAACUCAGAAAUUAGUUACAAGAAACCAUUAACAGCCCUAGGGAAUGGACAAUGGGAAUAAGUAAUGUUAGCAGAGUCCAGAAGUUGGGGCAAUCUGGCAGGAAUGACAAUCAUAGGGAAGACACAGCUGCUGCUGCCAGGGGGCCAAAGGGAAUUGUGGGGGAGAGGCAAGCAGAAACAUUCUGGCUUUUGCCCAUUGCUACCCUGUAAUCUGUUGAUAUACCCCCAUUGACCCCAAGCUACCUAGAACUCAGGUGGCAAGGGAGCCUGGGAGAUGCAGUUCCUUGUGAUAGAAAGCCAGGUAGGGGAAAAGCAAGGAAUGGAUCUGAGAACAAACCAGGCUAUUGCCCAGCUCAAGACUUGGUGCCUCCUUUCUUAACAAAUACUCUGUAAUAUCCAUUUUGUCAUCCUGAAAUGAAAUUCAUAGAUAUAUGUUAUAUUCAUAAGUUACGUUUAACUUGCCUAUGCAUAUAAUUUCAAAAGGAUGAGUGUAUUUCCUUAAUUGUAAUAUUAAGAAAUAUAUGCGUUUCAAUAUGUAAAUGCUUGUAUACAACUUCAUUAUUGUUAGGUGCUAAGGAGUCGGUUCCGACUCAUAGUGACCCUGUGUACAGUAAAACGAAACACUGCCCCGUCCCUUACCAUCCUCACCAUGUUUUCUGUCUUUGAGCCCGUUGUUGCAACCACUGUGUCAAUCCAUCUAGUUGAGGAUCUUCCUCUUUUUCGCUGACUCUUUAACUUACAAAGGAUGAUGUCCUUCUUCAGGGACUGGUCCCUCGUGAUAACAUGUCCAAAGUAUGUGAGACAAAGUCUGGAAAGUUUUACUCCAUCUGCAUCAUUAAGGUCAACUCCACUUUGAGGAGGCAACUCUUCCCCAGUACUGUUUUGAGUGCCUUCCUGCUUGCGGGGCUCACCUUCUGGCACUAUAUCAGACAAUGUUCCGCUGCUAUUCGUAAGGUUUUCACUGAUCGAUUUCUUCAGAUGUAGACUGCUAGGUCCUUCUUCCUAGUUUGUCUUAGUCCAGAAGCUUCACUGAAAUCUGUCCAUCAUGGGUGACCCUGCUGCUGUUUGAAAUACUGGUAGCGUAGCUUCCAGCAUCACAGCAACACGCAAGCUGCCACAGUAUGACAAACUGACAGACUCGUGGUGGUACACAACUUUACUGGAAUAUUUAAUGAAGUAGUCUGAUACUUGCUCUCACAAGUAGAAUUACAAUGAAUGGGACAGCUAUAAUGUAGACUUUCAGUUGUGCUGUACUGGCAACUGAAAUAAGAGUAGCAUUGUUUUUGGUGACACUAUUUUCUAAAAUGCUGAAUGUGAUGAGUAUUUUUGUUGAUACUCAGUACCAAGCCUGCCUUUUAAACAUUUCCCUAUAUUGCAGUCUAGAAGUCUGCAAACUAUCCUCUCCAGACCCCUUGCCAGCACGGUUCCAGUUUAGAUUCUCUAGAAGUCUGCAAACUAUCCUCUCCAGACCCCUUGCCAGCACGGUUCCAGUUUAGAUUCUCUAGAAGUCUGCAAACUAUCCUCUCCAGACCCCUUGCCAGCACGGUUCCAGUUUAGAUUCUCUAGAAGUCUGCAAACUAUCCUCUCCAGACCCCUUGCCAGCACGGUUCCAGUUUAGAUUCUACUAUUGAGAAGCAUACACAAGAGUUUUGGAAGGCAGAAGAGAAAAAGCCACUAGUCUCCAGCAGCAGCUAUGAACAGACUCAACGUUUUGGCAAAGAUGAAAGCAAGAGUGUGAGAAAGUAAGGCUCCUAAUGGGGGUAAAGGAUCAAAAGCACAGGUGAAUGAGAGGUAUUGACCAGAGGUCAAAGUGAAGAUUAGGAGGGACAGGUAUAGUUGAGUUCUAAGUCUCAAAAAAGUAGGAUUAUUACAAGAGUGGAGGACCGAUGGUAUGAAGGUAACAAAGAGGUGGGAUCAAAGAGGUCCCCCAACCCUGCUUUCCUUUAUGUAGCUGGAGGUCCAACAGUUUAUGUGAAAAUAAAAGCUUCAUUUGAGAGGGCUGCAUGGGAAGAAGGGUUCCCAGAGGAAUGCCCCUUUUCAGACAACAUGAGGUGGUAGAGGGAUGAAGGAGCAGAUUGAUUUUGGAGAAGGGGUCACUGAGGACCAGUGCAAAGAUUUGGAAGGGAGGACACACGGAGCAUUAUGGGAACAAUGAUGAGGUAAGCAUAGAUGUAUGGAGUGGUGCUGACUUACUAAAACUGGCUGAGUCGAGGUGUGGUGGGAGGGGCAGUGAAGAACCAUUCUGAGAUGGAAAAACAGGUGUUCUUUCUGUUUCGUGUUUUAUGUAACCUUUCUUGGUGACUUGUUUAGGCAGGAUAACUCUCAUUGUACAUUUGGGCUUUCUGUACCCUGCGCCAACUCCCACUACCACAUCUUCUGCUCUCUGUUUAUUUUUCAAGGUUAGGAUGUUUAGACAUCAUGAACAACCAGGGAGUAAGAAGCAUUCUCCAGUUUACCUGAGAACAGGACUGUGUUUUUGAUAUUCCCUUAACAUUAAUGAUGGUGUCCAAGCUGUGUUCUGAGAUAAAAAUGUGUGCUUCAGUGUAUGUUGAAAAUUGUUGUUGUUAGGGGCUGUCGAGUUGAUUUCGACUCAUAGCAAUCCCCAUGUAACAGAGUAGAACUACCCCAUGGAGUUUCCCAGGCUGUAAUCUUUACGGGAGCAGAUUGCCAGGUCUUUCUCCCAUGGAGCUGCUAGAUGGGUUCGGGUGUCAAUUUUUUGGUUAGUAGCUGAGCAUUUAACUGUUGUGCCACCAGGGCUCCUUCAAAAAUUACUUCUCUGUAAAAUAAUAAAUAUGUGUGUAUACUUCACAGCCGUGGUGAUGCAGUGGUUAAGAGCUCAGCUGCUAACUAAAAGGUUGGCAGUUCAAAUCUACCAGCUGCUCCUUGGAAACCCUAUGGGGGCAGUUCUACUCUGUCCUAUGGGGUCACUAUGAGUUGGAAUCAAUUUGAAGACAAUGGGUUUUUGGUUUUACUUCACAGUUAACAAAGACGUUGCAGUCAUAAUUACGAUCAUUUCAGUAGUUCAUUAAUUUUCUGAGGAAUUGCUGUGUAAUCAUAGUAACAUUAUUGAUAAGGGAACAGAGGCUCAGAGAAGUUGCUUGCUAAAGGCCACACAGCUAGAAAAUGUUAGAGGCAGGAUUCCAACCCAGUUGUCAAGGCUCUAAAUCCCAUCAUCUUUUCACUGAGUACACCUCACUUUCCCAGAGUGUGGCAUUCUUACUGUUGGUGGCAUUCAAGCAGAUUUUUGGUAGGAUGUGAUUCCCUUGAUGUCCAUACCCUCCAUAACACAAUCCACAGGCAGGUGCCAAUUUAGAGCUUCCUCUGUAUUCCACAAGAUCCUGCCCCAAGGUUUGCUGAGAAUUGUGUGGGAGGAUUGCUUCAUGGAGGGAAUGGAGAGGGUCUGUCUGCUGGGGCCUGCCUGUAGUGGCAGUAACUGGUGUUUUCGGAUGUCAGAACUAUAUGGGUAGCUGACACUAGUUUCCUAAUCACAUUCAGGAAAUAAAACUCUUUGGAAAUGUUUCUUUAAGUAAAAAGUGAUCCAAUUUAAAUAAAAGUAUGAGGUAGAACUCAGAAAGACAAAUCCUGACAGUGUUGCAUAUGACAAAUUUUGGAAACCUUAGACCAUAUAUAAAAUGUCAAAACUUAAAUGUUAAAAGCUGUCCAGGUUGGAGUUUCCUAAGAAGUUCUGCCUAGACUCAGGAUAAGAAAAUGGUGGCAAAUAAAGACAAGCUUGCCUCAGAUGGUUUAAAUUCCAGAACAUAAGGCAGCACCUGCCUCUAAUUUCUGCCUUCUGCUGGUUUAGAUCUUCGAGUUCAAAGCCUACGAUUUCAGAGGACUUGGACUGUCCUUCACACAGUUCUAAAAGGGUCAGAGUCUAAGCAGCUGAAGGCAGCAUCAGAUACAACCAGCCUUCAUAUCUCUGAAUAAAAAUCUAUUCCAAGCAUAUCUUCCUGAAUGUGGCAAAAAUUAAUCAUCUACUCAUUGCCAGGGACUCAGCUUUGUCAAUGGGUUAUAAAAGUUUAACACAAAGUUUUUUUCCCUUUCAGAUUUUUUCCCUGGCUCCUGCCUUCUUUACUAGCUAGCCCUUACUCAUCUUUUGAAAGGGUCCCUUUCUCUGUGUACUCAUAGCUCUCUAUACUUGCCACCAUUGGGGCAUACAUCUUUCUGUAUCGAAAUUGUAACUGAGCCACUUUAAGAUUGGGACCAUGCUCUUUACAUUUGUGUUGUCAUGAGUGGCAUGUAGUAGAUGCUCAACAAGUAUUUCCUAAACGAAUGAAUGAAUGAGAUGACACUCAUAAUUAGUUGAAUCAUGCUGUCAUGCAAUCAGAAUAAGCCGGUAGCUAGAAACCAUCAUUUACUGAGCACAUAUGUCCCACAUGUUUUAUAUAUAUUAUCCCAUUUAAUGCUUAUAACAGUACUAUUGGGAAGUUAUUUUUCUCUUCUUUUCUCCACAAAUGGAACCCUGGUAGCACAGUGUCUAAAGCGCUUGGCUGCUAACCAAAAGGUCAGCAGUUUGAACCCACCAGCCGUACUUCGAAAGGUACACUAGUCUACUUCUGUAAAGAUUUACAGCCUUGAAAACUGUAUGGGGCAGUUCUGCUCUGUCUUAUAGGGUCACUAUGAGUCAUGGCAGUGGAUUUGGAUUUUAUUUGGUCCCCCCACAGAUAUUUAUUGGGUGCCUCCUAAGUGUCAGGCACUGUGCUAGGUGCUGAAGAUAAAACUAUGAACAAGACAGACAUGACAUAUACCCUCAUAGGGCAUAGAGGGUGGUGGUGUUAGUUACCUUUAAGUCAGUUCAAACUCAUAGCUACCUUAUGUGCAACAAAAAAAUAUUGCCUAAUCCUGCUCCAUCCUCAGAACCAUUGAUAUGUUCGAGCCCAUUGUUGGAGCUAUUGUGUUAAUCCAUCUCACCGAGCUUUCCCUCUUUUUUGCUGACCCUCUACCAAACAUGGUAUUCUUUUCUAGCAGUUGGUCUUUCCUGAUGAUGUGCUCAAGCCUCGCCAUCCUUGCUUAUAAGGAGCAUUCUGGUUAUAUGUCCUUCAAGACUGACUUGUUUGUUCUUCUGGCAGUCCAUGGUAUAUUCGAUAUUCUUUGCCAACACCACAAUUGGAAUGCGUCAAUUUUUCAGUAGACAUAUAAUAAGCAAGUAAAUAAAAUAUUAUUUCCCUGUUUUCUAGAUGUUUCUCUGAAAGGUCAUACUCCUGGCCUAAACUGACACAGGUAGAGCCAGAAUUCUAACACCCAGUUCUGCUUGAUACCAAAGCUCACACUUUCCCAAGAAUCCCCCAAUCAAGACAUCACUGCAGCUCUGAUGGGUAGAGUCCCAGACCCAAGGGCAGUGGGUCCCCAUGCACCUCAAAGGGCUGCAUGGCCAGGGUGGGGGUGGUGAGAGCCAGCAGCUGCAGGUGUGGCUCAGACUCUAGAAGAGAAGCCAGUGCAGGUGAGAUCCCUACACUGUUGCAUCCUGCUAGCAGCUGGCAGGCAGCUCUUGUUGCAGUCAGUGGGGGGUUUGGUGGGCAGGGCUAAAGGGAGAAUUUAGGAAAGCUAAUUUUUUAAUUCCAUCUAAUCCUCCAAAAGGGAAGAAUAGCUUCAGCAUCUUGCCAGCUGCUACCAAGGUAGCGCUCAGAGACAGCAGCAGCCCUCACUUGAUCUGCAAGGACCCUCGAAGAAGCCAAAGGAGGCUGCUGUGGGCAUCUGCCUUACCUGGGGCUGGGUGAAGCCAAAGAGGAUCUGGGGGAGGCACCGUGCCAAGACCCCUUCUGAGCCAAACAGGCCAGAACUGUGUCCUGGCUGCCCCUUUGGCCGCCUGUUCACUGUCUCCUGCCUUUGACUUCUUGUGAGCGGCAGGUGCUCCAGAUGAUGAAAAUGUUUAGCCAAAGGUCCCUUUUCUUGACUUCCUCAUGGUGGAGCCCUUGAGCCGUUAGUUUCUCAGCUCAGAGGCUGCACCUUCAUUGUGAGACUAGGAGGUAGAUUUUAAGGGAUUCUGUUUCCAUUUGACCUUUGGCUGCUUGGCAUUAGCUGGGCACCCCGACACUUCGAAGAAAUUCAUGAUCAGCACUGGCCUUUUAGAACUGCAAACUCCCUGCAGGAGCGCUUGGGGAAUUUCAACUGUGGCUGGUGGUAUAGAGAUGAAAGUCUAGUGACAGUUGCACAGGGAAGCCCUGUACUUUGGAGCACAACUGAAAGAGGAAGAAUCUCCUUUCAUAAACAGAUGUGGAGCAGUUACAAAACAACUGACAAAACCACACAUCCGUGUGAGGUAUCUAGAGGUCUGGACUAAUCACAGAGUCACCUGUGACCCUGGUAUUUGCUUAUUCAUGAGAGUGGGAGGGGGGAGGGGAAGGUCUGAAAUGGCAGAAAGUUGGCGCUUACCCUCUGGCCCAUUCUGAGAGGAGCUGGGAUGGACAGUGACAUAUUAGCUCUUGCCUGUUGUACCAGAAAGGAUCACAUGAAUUCCUUUGGCCCUGGAUACCUGAAUUCCUAUCCAUCUCUGUCUGAGGAGGGCGAUAUCUAUGGGCAGGACAAAAUGGGGUAUUUUCACAAUCAGUUCAGGGGAGCAGGUUUCCUGGAAGCUGCCUACCAGCCUACCAGUCGCUGUGUAGUUGAUUCAAACUCUAAUGUUACAUCCCAUAAAACCUAAAUCUGUCAUGAUCCAUAGAAAGUAUAUCUAUAUGUGGCGGCUGCUACUGUGAGGUACAAAAGAGCACAGGCUUUAGAACCCAACUGCUUGAGUUAAAAUCCUGGCUCUAUUGCUUACCAGCUGGAUGACUUUGAUCCAUUGCUUAACUUCUUUGUGCUUCAAGUUCAUUAUCUGUGAAACUGGAAAUAACAAUGGUAUUGCAAUCAGUGGUGGAUUUGGUGAACAUGUUAGACUUCUUGUGUUGUAUAAAUAUGUAAACACUUAAAAGAGACUAACUCACUAAACUCAGUGCCGUUGAGUCGACUACGACUCAUAGCGACCCUAUAGGGCAGAGUAGAACUGUUCCAUAGAGUUUCCAAGGAGCGCCUGGCGGAUUUGAACUGCCGAUCCUUUGGUUAGCAGCCGUAGCAUUUAACCACUACACCACCAGAGUUUCCAAAAUAGACUAAAAAUAAUUGAAGCUAUUAUCUCAAAUCUUCUUUUUAGCAUUAAAAUCCAACUACUUAGAACCUUUCAUUAGCUCAGAAAGGCCUUAAUGUCAAUAGUUUCUCUAAGGCGAAGCUAUUGACUUUGCUACAUCACCUUUAACAAUUUCAUCAUUUAUAUAUUUUCAUUUCCAUAUUGCAAACCAGUUGUUCAAAUUUUUAGCGUAACUUUUUAAGUGUUCCUAGUAUCUAGAGUUUCAGUCUCCUGGGAAAUAUUUUUUUAUGUUUCCUUAACAAAUAAGAGAGCUUGACUCUGUCUACAGCAUUAGGCAUAAGUGAAAUUCAGUUUGUCUUAAUUAUUUGUACAGAUUUAACAAGGCUUGUUACUGUUAUCAUGAACAUUUGUUUUCAAGACUAAGUAACAAAAAACAAGCCCUGAUAAUGAAUAAUUCCCAUCUAGUUCUACAAGUAGCAAAGUCAAGUAGCCUUAGUGCCGCAAUACAUCACUGCUAUAAGAAGAACCCUCAGUCCAGUAGAUCUCAUCCUAGUGUUCCCUCAACUGGAUUGAAAGCUUGAUGGUCCAGAAUUGCUGCCCCUAUGUCCUUAGGGCCCCUUCUUACACCAGGGAGAAGUCAGGCUGAUUAUCAUUUGCAGUGGGGAGCUCAAUCUGGGCUAAGGCCAGGCAACUGGGCUUCAGGCACAGUUGGGUAUACUAGAAAACUGGUGUAGUGGCUCAACUGAAGUUUAUUUUGCAUGGGUCAGGAGACUCUCCUUGGAGAGAAUCAACCCUAGGGGAAAAAGAAGACAGACCUGAUGGGUUUCACCCAAGGGGUGGGAUAGGACAGAGAUUCUGAAUAUAGCAUGGAGGUCAUUACAUAAACCUUCCCAGGUAGAACAAGGGUUGAAGGCAGAGCUUGAAAGAGUGGUUUCACAAAACCUUGUCCAAGUUGGGAUACAAACCACACAGAGGGUAACACAAAGAGGAGAGGGCCAUUCCCACUCAGUCAACUUUGUGAUUAACUGGUGCCUGACACAGCAGUAUGGAGUAGUAGAAGGGCUAGUUGGGUCCAAUUUUUUUUGUAUUAUAAACAUAUGCUAUGUGUGUGUGUGUGUGUGUGUAUAUAUAUAUAUAUACGCACACAAACACACAAAUAAUAUACAUAUAAAUUGUAUAUAUAUGUGUGUAUGUAUAUAUAUAUGUAUAUCCCAGAAGAACGAAUAAAUCUGUAAGAAGUACAACAUGUGUGUGCGAUACAUAAUGUUAAAAUAAAUGUCAUAUUAAGCCAAUAAUAGAAAUUGAAGUUUAUUUAAUAUAUGAUUUGUAAAUUGGGGUAACAUUUCCACUAUUGUUGUUAGGUGCUGUUGAGUCAGUUCUGACUCAUAGAGACCCCAUGCACAACAGAACGAAACACUGCCUGGUCCUGUGCCAGCGUCACAAUUGAUGCUAUGUUCCAGGCUAUUGUUGCAGCCACUCUGUCAAUCCAUUUCACUGGAGAUUUUCCUUUUUUUCGCUGACCCUCUGCUUUACCAGGAAUGAUGUCCUCCUCCAGAGACCAAUCCCUCCUAAUUACGUGUUCAAAGUAAGCGAGACAAAGUUUUGCCAUCCUUGCUUCUAAGGAGCAUUCUGGCUGUACUUCUUCGAAGACAGAUUUGUUUGUUCUUCUGGCAAUCCAUGGUAUAUUCAAUAUUCUUCACCAACACUAUAAUUCAAAGGCAUUGAUUCUUUUUUGGUCUUCCUUAUUCAUCGUCCAGCUUUUGCAUGCAUAUGAGGCAGUUGAAAAUAUCAUGGCUUGGGUCAGGGGCCCCUUAGUCC